AUGAAAUCAAUGGCGACGCCACCAAUUGACUUCACUUUCUUUGCUUCCCAACCUUCGGGAAGUGGAGGGUCUUUUGAAACUGCUGGUGCUAAGAGAAGCCGUAUCCUUGAACCUAAUGAUACUGAUGUGGGAGCUAUGGAGGUUGAGCCUUUUCCUACGGUAGCGCCGAAACCUAUAAUGAAUUUUCGUGAAAAGCUCAUGAACCCAGGUGGGAUCGGAGUGCAUAAGGAGGAUCUGGUGGGUAUGGAGGAAGAUAAACUCACAAUAGAGGAUGAUGAUUUUGAGGUCUCAAAGGGUACUCGUGGUCCUUGCAUACGCUUUUGCACCAAGGAAGACAUGAGGUACGUUUUUUCUGGGGGACCAUGGGUAAUUGCUGGGCAAUCUUUAGUGAUGCAGAUAUGGAAACCAGGAUUUGAUCCUAAUGAAGCUACUAUCACUCGUAUGGCUGUGUGGGUGCGUAUUACGGGUUUACAUGUUGAAUGGUUUAAUCCUGAGGCAAUUAAACAUAUUGGGGACCUUAUUGUUGAGAAUAAUUGGUAUGCCAUAGAAUAUGAAGGACUCCAUUUGGUCUGCUUUGGCUGUGGAAUUUAUGGCCAUAAUAGGAACCAAUGUCCAUCUGAAUUUAGAGUUCAUGAGGAUACCCAAAAGCCUAUGGAAGGAGAGUCUACAUCUGAUAAGGAACAUUUUGGGGUUGACACUGAUAUUGGGAUUUCUUCUGGCACUAAGGAUGCUUAUGCAGCUACCCCUGCGGAUUCAAGCCAAUUCGAAGAAACGUUGGAUGGCCUCUCUUUCAAUCUGAACAAGUAUUUGAAGGAGAAGGGGAUUGGGGGUGACCAUGUCAAUAAGCCGGAUAUUGAAGGGCAUGCCCCCCCUAAUAUUGAUCAAAAUACUGAUUCAAUGAUUUGUGGCAAUGGUUUUGUGAAUAACUCUGGUGGAAGUCCAAACAUGGGUGUCUCAAUUGGUAAUGAGGGUCCUUCAAUGCCAUUUCCUUUAAUGAUAUUGAUCUGGAAUGUAAAAGAUGAUGGGGACAAAUCCCUCCCCAGAAUACUUAAGAAUAUUAUCCAAUUAAAUCAUGUUGAGGUGUUGGCUGUUCUUGAACCAAGAAUAAGUGGUGAUAAAGCCAUGCGUGUUGUUAAUGGCCUGGGCUUUACUAAUCAUCAUAUUGUGGAUGCAAAUGGGUUUUCGGGUGGCAUUUGGCUUUUAUGGAAUUAUAGCAAUAUUCAUCUCAAUAUUUUGGCGUGUUCCAACCAGUCAAUUACUGCAAUGAUUACACAAGGUUCAUCUUCUUGGAUUCUUACUAUUGUAUAUGCUCACCCUUGUCCUAGAAUAAGAAGAUCCCUCUGGAACUACUUAGAUGGAGUUUCUUCUACUAAUAACCUUCCUUGGCUUGUUACUGGGGAUUUCAAUGAAAUUGUUGAUGACUCCGAAAAGAAGGGAGGCAGAGCUGUUCAUUGCAAUAGUGGGUUUGCUGACUGGAUUGGUCGUCAUCAUUUAGUGGAUCUUGGUUUUUUUGGAGCACAGUUUACUUGGUGCAAAAAGAAUGUUCAUGGUGAAACUCUCUAG